AUGAAGUGCCCGAUAUUCGUACCUGUUGUAGCCUACCAAAAUGUCUCGUACCCUGGCAUGGAAAUGUACUCGGCCACUAAGCACGCAGUGAGAGUACUGACGGAAGGACUACGGAAGGAGCUGGUCACUGCCAAGAGCAAAAUUCGCGUCACGAUAGACUUUAGACAAUCAAAGUGGGAAUAUGUGUAUUUGGUGCGCCUCAAACUGAAAAGCUCAAACUUUGAAUUUGUUUUAUUCACAGGUCCACGAGAUGAUACUGAAGCCCCUUGGAGAAGAGUGAUUAUUCGCAAAACUGGAGUGACUAUUUAUUGGAAAACUUAC